UAUCUGGCUCACUUUCCUGUCAUAAUGGCAUCAUCUGUCAAGGGAAAGACCGCGAUCGUGACCGGCGCAGGAUCUGGAAUUAACCUCUGUUUCGCACAGGCUCUCCUCGAGAACGGAUGUAAUGUAGUCAUCGCAGAUCUUGCGUUGCGCCCCGAGGCCCAGGCCGUGUACGACACAUUCACCACGUCGCCCAAAGCAGUCUUCGUGAAGACCGAUGUCGCCGACUGGAGCCAACUUGAACAGCUUUUUACCAUUGCCGAGAAAGAAUUUGGAGAGGUCGGCAUCGUCUGCCCUGGGGCUGGUAUUUUUGAACCGAACCAUUCGGCCUUCUGGUUCCCACCGGGAAGCGCACCGAGCACCGACACGACGGCCAGCAGCCGAUAUGCCACGCUGGACAUCAAUCUGGUUCACCCGAUCCGCAUGAGCCAGAUGGCGAUCACACACUUCCUGAAACACCGGCGACCGGAGGAUAAAGAGCAGAAGAAGAAGCACAUCCUGCUGGUGUCAAGUAUUGCAGGCCACAUGCCCUUGUUUGUUGGGCCACUGUACUCGAUCACGAAGCACGGCAUCAGCGCCCUUGUGCAGAGUCUCGCCCCGCUAGACCACAGUCUUGGGAUCCGGGUUGUCGGGAUCGCGCCGGGGAUUACCCGCACGCCCAUCUGGCUGGAACACCCGGACAAGAUGGCGUUGUUGGACGAGCAGGUGGACGAGUGGGUGCUGCCCGAGGACGUGGCGACGAUGAUGCUCGCCCUGGUGUCUCAGGAGAAGGUGGGCGAGGCCGUCGGCGAGACGGACCAGGAGAAGCUGACCAUCCCUGUUGCCGGGGGGACCAUCCUGGAAGUGUCCAAGACGGUGCGUGCAGUUUCGGUGUUCAACGAUCCUGGACCGAUAGGGAGGGCAGGCAACACCGUUACGAAUUUUAAUGAUGUUCAAGACAUGAUCUUGCAGAUGCUGGGAACCAGUUAGUACCAAGUAGGUAAUCUAUCCUUCUAGUUACAGCGGCAAUCUAGACCCUAUGUCCCCCUUAGGUACCAACUCUCUGAUGGAGUACCGAGUAACUAUGUGCCCAAGGUU